CCGCCCAUCGCUGAGAGAAUGAGAUUUCAACAUGAGCGCCUCUGAGCUCGAAAUGGCUUAGCAACGAAGAAUCCACGGGAUCGGGAUGGUACCUCCCCCUUGUCUUUCCCCACCGUCUUCCACCUCUCACCUCCCGAACCAACCUUAUCCCUUCAGGUCCAAAGACGACGGCAGCGGCGAAACAAUCGGCAAGGACAGCGGUCGCACAAUCAUCAACAUUCUGAAUAAGAACCCAAAGAAAGAUGCAGAGCCGUAUGACCAGGACGACAUGGAUCAUAUGCGGAACGUUGUCGCGUAUUGCAAGCGACAUCUCGCGCAGGAGGAAAUGGCCAAGCAGGAUACGGAUAGCAAGAGUUAUAAGAGUCCGAAGAAUUGGGGACAUAAUGCACUUAAGGCGUGAUGAGACGAAUGCACUUCGAGAAGGAAUGUAAGUAAAGUGAGUUGAUAAUGACAUUAUGCUCGUGCUUGCAAGACAGAUAUAUGCAAUAUUGGAACAAUGGCCGAAUAUCAUC